AUGGGAAUUCAGGAGGGAACCGAGCCGAGCUACUCCGCGGAGGUUAGUAAAGCAAGAAGUAGGACACAAAUAGACUUUGUCACCCUUGGGAUGCUCAUAAUCGAUGACAUAGACUUCCAACCCCCAACACCGCCAGUGCGCGAUGCGCUCGGCGGCGCAGGAACAUAUGCUGCGCUCGGAGCCCGUCUCUUCUCACCCUCGCCACUGUCACUCUCCAUUGGGUGGGUUGUUGAUAAAGGUUCUGACUUUCCGGCCAAACUGUCAUCGGUAGUAGAUAGCUGGCACACGGGAGUCAUCAUCCGUGAGGACCACGACCGCCUCACGACGAGAGGAUGGAACGGCUAUGCUGGCCCAGGGGACAAGCGAGCUUUCAAGUACACAACGCCGAAGAAACGCAUCACAGCAGAGGACCUCGCUCCCAACUUGCUCUUCUCCAAAUCCUUUCACCUGAUUUGCUCCCCCACUCGCUGUCAAGAACUCGUGACGGAAAUCACGUCAAGCCGAAAAGCUCUUUUGACGGAAAAUGAUCCAUAUAUUAAGCCCAUAUUCGUCUGGGAGCCGGUUCCCGACCUCUGCACGCCGGAUGAGUUGCUCAACUGUACCAAUACGCUGCGCCUCGUGGACAUAUGUAGUCCCAAUCAUUCUGAAUUGGCGGGGUUCAUGGGUGACGAUGGGCUAGACCCGGAGACAGGUGAAGUGUCCCUAUCAAGCGUGGAACGUGCGUGCGAGCAACUACUGGCUAGCAUGCCGUUGCAGUCAUAUGCCAUCGUUGUUCGGGCUGGCGAGAAGGGCUGCUACAUUGCCAAGAACGGUGGAAGGAAACGACAAAGCACCAGGGACAAAACGCCCAAGCCGAGGAAGGCACAUAUACAUGGUGCUCUACAACCCGACAUAGACAUGGAAGCCCUUUUUGCGGGACUUAUGCAAGAUGAAGAUGGUAUAAUCGCUCGCGAAGAAAUCGAAGUAGACCCAGGCGUGGAAAAGUGGAUUCCUGCUUAUCACCAAGAUGGCAGCAAGGUAAUUGAUUCAACGGGUGGUGGUAACACAAUGCUUGGAGGAUUAUCGGUAGCCCUCGCCCGCGGGGAAAAGCUGGAAGAUGCUGUAGCUUGGGGUUCAGUCGCCGCAAGUUUUGCGAUUGAGCAAGUUGGUAUGCCAUCAAUAGCCACUGACGAGGAGGGCAGAGAAACAUGGAAUGGAGAAGAGGUGCAACAACGACUUCAGGAAUUCCUACGACGACUCUGA